CUCCAUUCAUCUCAACUUAUACACUCUUCAUUUGCGCUCAAGCAUAAGAUAUCGCUGCUUUUGAGUUUUUAGAGAGAAUCUUCUCUUUCAGUUCACCCGAGUUUCAUAAACACUCGUUCCUUUCCUUUAAUUCGCUAAUUCCUCCAACCUCGAUUCUACUCACGCGACCCGCAAUCUGUCCCGUUCUCUUUGUCAACUUCUAAGCCCAACACAUUCAGAUCGUCAGCAUGGCUAGCAAAGGCGCCACCAAGCGUUUGACACGCGAAUAUAAAACCAUUUCAGAGAACCCUCCUCCUUACAUUGUCGCUCAUCCAUCCGAAUCCAACAUCCUUGAAUGGCACUACAUCAUUACCGGUCCUGAAGACACUCCUUAUCAUGGCGGUCAGUAUUGGGGCACUCUCAUGUUCCCCCCAAACUAUCCGUUUGCUCCUCCCGCCAUUCGCAUGCACACUCCGUCCGGUCGAUUCCAGCCUUCGUCGCGACUAUGUCUGUCCAUCUCCGAUUUCCACCCGAAGUCUUUUAACCCCGCAUGGGAAGUUUCAACUAUCCUAAUCGGCCUUCUCUCAUUCAUGACAAGCGAAGAGAUGACGACCGGUUCCGUUUCCAGCACUGCCGCCGAACGACGCUCCCUCGCCGCUCGAUCACGCUGGUGGAACUCGACUGGUAAUGGCACACACAGCAAGACAGGCCCUGUCCAGAAGGGCAACAUCAAGGCUGGUGACGGCGGCGCCAAGUUUCGAACAGAGUGGCCAGAGGUGGAUGCUGAGAAUUGGGAGUGGAUGACCAAGAACAAGGUUGACCCUGUCACCGGUACACGAUUAGAUGCUGAUAACAGCGGAUCCUGUCGACCUCAGCUUGGUAUUUCAGGGACUAGCGGUCAUCAAACACAAGCCGUUGUUGAUGUGGUCAACCAACAAAGAGAUGCCAGCACAGGGUGGAUCUAUCGCAACAAACUUCUUGUUGCUGGUGCGGCUAUCUUCUUCUACGUCCUUGUCGCUAGACUCGUUAGCGGAGAUGAAUGAUUGGGGAGAGUUCUAUUUGUGAGGGGCUUCAUGUUCAUCUAAUUCUAGCUUUUGUUUUAUUACUGGCGGACUGGCGGGCGCAAUAGGUUAACAAGCCAGAUAUCAGGACUCGCGUCUCGAUAUGGCGUUUCAGGGCAUUCAAUGAGCGUUUACUUGAUGGGUUUCAAUUUGAUUGUCAUCAGCUCAAUCGCCUGCAUCGGUUGUGAUUCAUCGGAUAGAGACUCUAAUACAUCAAACAGGUAGACCAACAUGCCACAAUGCUCCUUGUAUUAAGUGU